CGCAGCCCCGCUGGGCUCCAGUCUCCCGCCGGCAGCUAGUGGGGGCCGCACGCAGGCACUGGUGGGCGACUGGACCUAACUGGACCCGUGGGAGGAGGGAGAGCACAGACGCCGAGCCCCCGCAGGCGGCUGCGUCUCACCGAGCUCCGGGCGGCGCAGACUGCACGCUCCGCGCCGAACCUCGGGACAAUGGGGCUGUGGCGGCUUCUGUUGGUGGCCGCGGGACUCAGCCUGUGCUGGCCCCUGCUCUCCGCCCGCACCCGGGACCCGGACCGCAAGCGAGAGUCAAAAGCAACAAAUGCAACUGUGGAUCCCCGGUCAUUUAGUCUCAGGCAUUCCAAUGACAGAUAUGAGCAAAUCCCCCUGGAGGACUAUGAGGACAAUAAUGAAAGUGGGUUAAUAGAAAACAGAUUCAGCCCUAUCAACAAAAGUAGUUCUCUUCCAAAACAACCCAUUGUGUUCAUCUCGGAAGAAGUCUCAGGAUACCUGACCAGCACCUGGUUGACUCUCUUUAUCCCCUCUGUCUACACCGGUGUGUUUAUAAUAAGCCUUCCUCUCAACAUCCUGGCCAUCGUUGUGUUCAUCUUGAAAAUGAAGGUCAAGAAGCCUGCCGUGGUGUACAUGCUGCAUCUGGCCACGGCCGAUGUGCUCUUUGUGUCUGUGCUCCCAUUUAAGAUCAGCUAUUACUUUUCUGGAAUGGAUUGGAAAUUCGGGUCUGAAAUGUGUCACUUCGUCACGGCCGCGUUUUACUGUAACAUGUAUGCCUCCAUCAUGCUCAUGACCGUCAUAAGCAUCGACCGGUUCCUGGCUGUGUUGUAUCCCAUCCAGUCCCUUUCCUGGCGUACUCUGGGCCGGGCCUCCUUCACUUGCCUAGCCAUUUGGGGGAUGGCCCUAGUGGGGGUGGUACCUCUUCUCCUCAAUGAGCAAACUGCCCAAGUGCCAGGGCUCAACAUAACCACCUGCCACGACGUGCUCAAUCAUACCCUGCUCAAAGGCUAUUAUGCGUAUUACUUCUCAGCCUUCUCUGCUCUCUUCUUUUUUGUGCCCUUGAUCAUUUCCACAGUCUGUUAUGUGUCUAUCAUCCGAUGUCUUAGCUCUUCCAUGGUUGCUACCCGGAGCAAGAAAUACCGAGCUUUGUUACUGUCGGCCACUGUUUUCUGUAUCUUCAUCAUUUGCUUUGGACCCACAAAUGUCCUCCUGAUUCUGCAUUACUCAUUCCUUUCACAGGAUUCCAUAACAGAAGCCACCUACUUUGCUUACCUCCUCUGUGUGUGUGUCAGCAGCAUAAGCUGUUGCAUUGACCCCUUGAUUUACUACUAUGCUUCCUCUGACUGCCAGAGGUACCUCUGUAGUAUCUUAUGCUGCAAAGAGAGUGCGGAUCCCAGCAGUUACAACAGCAGUGGGCAGCUAAUGGCAAGUAAAAUGGAUACCUGUUCUAGUAACCUGAAUAACAGCAUAUAUAAGAAGCUGUUAACUUAGGGAAUGGGGGCUGCUGGUGAGUUCAAAAGAAAAGGUGAGAAAGCAAAUAAUCUGAUGAUUGUAUUAAUCCAUCCCCCAACAGUAUGGGCUUUACCACCUAAAAACAAUAAAUAUAUUAUUUGCAUACCUCCUUCUUGUAAGAGCCAUUAAAGUGUAUGUGUGUGUGUGUGUGUGUGUGUGUGUAUAUAGUAUAUAUAUAUAUAUACACUAUA